GGAAGUUACGUUACUUCCGAGAGUCGCGUUGGCGUUUUCUAAACACAGACAGACAUUUCGAUGAAGACAGUCCAGGUCAGAAGAUGUGGCGACUGUAACUGAAUCUGGAGCCAGACACACGGGUUGGACAUGCCCAGGUUAUUCUACCAUGGACACAGACAUGAUACCAACAUUCACUUCAAAAGACCAGGAGAUUGACUACUGGAAGGCCUUAUCCCUCAAGUAUAAGAACAGUUACCAUGAGGCCCAGGAGGAGCUGCUGGAGUUCCAGGAAGGGAGCAGAGAGCUGGAGGCAGAGUUAGAAGCCCAGCUAGGACAGGCUGAACAUCGCCUCAGAGACCUGCACACAGAGAACCAAAGACUGAAGAGCGAGUUGGACAACCUCAAGGUAACAUACCAGUAUUCUCAGAGCUAUAAGCAGGUCUCCAUGUUAGAGGAUGACCUGGGACAGACCAGAGGAAUCAAGGAACAGCUUCAUAAAUACGUCAGAGAACUGGAGCAGGCCAACGAUGACCUGGAGAGAGCCAAGAGGGCGACCAUCGUAUCUCUGGAGGACUUUGAGGGUCGUCUGAACCAGGCCAUAGAGAGGAAUGCCUUCCUGGAGAGUGAGCUGGAUGAGAAGGAGUCUCUACUGGUCUCAGUACAGCGACUAAAGGAUGAAGCCAGGGACCUGAGACAGGAGAUGGUGGUGAGGGAGAGGACUGCAGACAGGAUGUCAGCCCCCAGCUCUCCUACCCUGGACAUGGACAAGAUGGACUCUGCUGUCCAGGCCUCCAUGUCCCUGCCUGUCACCCCUGUAGGGAAGGGCAUGGAACACCCGUUCAUCAACCCUAAAUCAUCAGUGUUAACAAAUGGCUGUGGGCCUGGCGGCUCACCUCUGACCCCAUCAGCAAGAAUCUCUGCUCUUAAUAUCGUUGGGGACCUUCUUAGAAAAGUGGGGGCGCUGGAGUCCAAGCUAGCUGCAUGUAGGAACUUUGCCAAGGACCAGGCGGUGAGGAAAACCUACUCCACGUCGUCAUCCAACAUGAUCACUGGGAACGGAAACCUCAUCAACAGCAACGCCACCAAGUUCUCUCACUCACUACACACCACCUACUACGACAAAACGGCUGUGAAUGGACUGGACCCCAGCACCCUGAGUGCCCUGGCGUCGCCCCGGACUGUUUCCCCUCCUGGCAUGCUGCCUCUCACCGUUUAGCAUGGCCCCCACCUCUGUACAAGCUCCCCGCAGAACAAGGUUACCCUCAUCCUUCACCCCAAACCCCCCCCCACACCAAAUCUCUGUACAACUCCUGUACGCCCCGCAGAACACUGAGAGGAGAGAACACUUGAAGAACCGUUACUGUGUGUGUGUGUGUGUGUGUGUGUGUGUGUGUGUAGGAGAGACACUUGACUGAAUGAUUGAAAAGGCCUCACUCACCUAUGAGUGGGUGGGGUUGGAUGCUGGGUGUGUUUGUGUGUAUUUAACAUACAGGCACAUGCCUCUGCCUGAGCUGUUCUUUGCUCAUGUGGAUGAUGCGUUGGUGACCUCUGUGCUCUGGAGUGUCUCCAUUUUGGCUCCAUCAAUUUAUCAAUUUCACUCUAUAACAGCUAUAUAACAGCAACUGUACCUGACAAAGGUCCCCAACGGACUGCAGCUUCCCUCCUCGUAACCUUUUAUUUACUUCUCUGAAUGAAUUGCACAAUUACAAAUAAUUUAUAUUUACAAUGUUGUAUUUAAAAAACUGAAAGGGGACUUUUUGCAAAGUGAGAUGAUUUCAUCAUUACUGUAUGUAUGCUUUAAGAUGUAAUAUCUCCUGUUUGUGUUUUAUGUUAUGGGGUCAGAUGGAGUUGAUGACCCUUAACCUCUAUGUACCGAAGAAUGACUGAAUUAAUGUUUACUGUGUUCAGGCUGUGAUCACAACCAUGUUCACUUAUUGGGCUGCAUCUCAAUAGUCCAGUUAAUAGCCUCAUCUCCUCGUCUCCUUCCUCUCAGUAGCCCAGUUAAUAGCCUCAUCUCCUCGUCUCCUUCCUCUCAGUAGCCCAGUUAAUAGCCUCAUCUCCUCGUCUCCUUCCUCUCAGUAGCCCAGUUAAUAGCCUCAUCUCCUCGUCUCCUUCCUCUCAGUAGCCCAGUUAAUAGCCUCAUCUCCUCGUCUCCUUCCUCUCAGUAGCCCAGUUAAUAGCCUCAUCUCCUUCCU